GAGGGCCCGAAAAAUCAUUCGAUGACAGCGCCGCCGUUUGUUUAUGUCCUGUUUUGAGCGCGGAUUUUCCGCCUUCUUCGAUUCGUUUGCAGAUUUUCCUGGGGUUGCUACGAGAGCUGUGAUAAAAUGGGAAAACCAAAUCAAAAACGAAAACAGCGCAAUCGAAGCGAGCAUGAGCAGAACGACGAAAAGAAGAUCAAAACGAUGGAGCAAGAGGCCGAGGAUUGCGAACGGGAGGAAAUCAUUUCCGACGAUGCCGUGAGGGAAGACGAUUCACAGGAGGGAAUUCACCCAAAGGUGCAAUUGUGGAUGCAGGAACAACAACCAUACCUGGAGAGCGGCUACGAUGAGAUCGAAGAGUAUAUUACGGAGGAAAAUGAUGCACCAUCGCAGGUGCUGCCCGAGGACACGGAGAUUUUGCUGCGUGAAAGGCUAAAAAACUAUAGCGAGGAGGAAAAAUGCCAAAGCGUAAAGUACGAGUGUGAGUGGAAAAAGUGCCAGUAUCUGUCCGGGAACGAUCGAAAGUACUUUCUGCACGUCGAACAGCACGCCACGGAAGCGAUUGCCAACGAUGAGGGAAGCUACGGUUGCGCCUGGGAUUUGUGUGACUUUGUCGCAAAAGGCAUGGACGAGUUGAUGGGGCACGUGCACUACCAUGGUUACCACACGAAGCUGAAGGUGCAUGGUGCUAGUUUGACGUUCUUGCUGAAGAUUCCCGCCUGCAGCUACGACAGUCGAACGCGAAAUACGAUCUCAACGCGACCGACAAGCUUCAGCUGUGAGUGGGAUGGUUGCGGACAGCGGUUUAACAAGGCGAUGCACUUCUUUCACCACGUCGAUACACACAUCUUCGAUCUCUUUACUCCCGGCGUGAAAAGUGCCAAAGAGCCACAGCGCUGCCUUUGGCCGGUCUGCAACGAAAGCUUCCGGGAGCGAUGGAAGGCAGUAAGACACAUCAAUGCUCACACUGGUCGGAGAGCACUGGCUUGUUACAACUGCGGCGAAAUGUUUAGAGAGCGCUGCAAGUAUCUGGAUCACUGUCAUCGGCAGAUCGAGCUAGCGGAUCGGAAAUACCAAUGCCCGGAGUGUGACCGGUUUUAUGCUACGCAAAGAUUGCUGAAGGCUCAUCUGGCAAAGCAUACCAAAAGUGCUCAGUGUACACUGUGUCCGCUCAGUUUUCCCUCAAUGGCAACCCUUUCACGGCACAUUCUCACCCGCCAUAUAAAGGACCGUCCUUUCGCGUGCAACCAGUGUAGCUACCGGUCGGUGACCAAGUACGAGCUGGAGAAACAUCACCAAACCCACAGCACGAAAAACGUUUACCGAUGCUCCGAAUUCGGGUGCAACGUGGUGUACAAGAGUGAAUCGUCCAUCAAGCGACACAUCAGCAUGCACUACAACCGGCCGGUCCACUACGAGUGCCAUAUUUGCUCCAAAAGCUACAAGAUCGGGUGGUCGCUCUCGAAGCACUUGGCCACUGUGCAUAAGGUGGAGCGAUUGUAUGGGCACACCCGGUUUCGCUACAAAAUAGACACGGAUGGGGUAUUUCGGAUGGCGAGCUAUAUUGACGAACGCGAUAAAAAGAGUGGCAUGGCAAACGUUUCGCAAGAAUGUGGUUCUACAUCGCCACCUGGCUGCACCGUGGAGGAAGUGUCGCAGGAAACGCAGCGUGAGAAAAAUCCACUUGUUAAUGGUGCCAGUAAACUGGGGAACGUUAAACCUACGAUCAGUACCAUCACACAAAAGGGUAAUACAUUCAUCGUGGAGCUAGCGCUCCAACCGGAUACCGAAGCAGCCGACACUAAUGGGAGCGAGCCCGUGCAAGCGAAUGAACCUCUUUAUGAUACGUUAUCGAAAGAAGAGAAGAACCAGGCGGCAUCGUCGUUAUUAGAGACGGAGAGCAUGAAACAAGAAGACGGCAGUCAAUCCUCCGAGGUGAAGCUGGUACAAGAUUUUACAGUCAUGAGACGCUAUUUGAAGUUCAGCAAAAUGCCUAAAAUAAAUGGUAAAUCCGGCGAUUAGCUUUCUCUUGAGAAUAGUGAGCUUGGUGUUUUGGAUUUUUUGGACGCUUUCCUUCCGUUGCUUUUUGAAAGACCUUCAUCUGAGCUGUCAAAGUGGUAUGUUUUGGUUUGGGCUGGAUUUGUUUCGAACGAGUUUGGUUUUGGUGCUUUAA